AUGGCACAAAUAGUCUUCCCUAUCCUAUACACAGUUAUCUUCUGUCUUGGAGUCAUCAUGAACAGCCUAUCUGUUUGUAUUUUUUGCCAAGUCCCUACUAACAGUGUUUUUAUUGUAUAUCUUAAAAAUACAGUGGCAGCUGAUAUAAUUAUGACACUGGCACUGCCUUUUAAAAUAGUCACAGAUUCUGAAAUUGCACCAUGGCAGGUGAAAGUUUUUGUCUGUCGUUGUUCUGCAGUAGUAUUUUACUCAGCAAUGUAUGUCAAUAUAAUACUUCUUGGACUCAUAGGAUUGGACCGAUUUCUCAAGAUUGUGCGACCAUUUGAAAGAAGAUGCAUGGAUCGGCUUAGUGUGGCUAAACGGAUAUCUUUGUCAGUGUGGAUUGUCAUAUUUGGAAUAUCAAUGCCUAACAUGAUGCUGAACAACAAAACAGCAACACCUGAAAAUGUUAGCCGCUGUUCUGCGCUCAAGACUCCACUGGGCAUGGGAUGGCACAAAGCUGUUACUUACAUUAGCCAGUUAAUUUUUUGGUCUGUUUUCAUUUCCAUGACGGUUUUUUACACAGUAAUCAGCAAAAAGGUUUAUGAAUCAUAUAGAAAAUCACACAGUAAGGACAAAACUGUGACAAAGAACACCAAAGCCAAAGUUUUUAUUGUAGUAAUUGUAUUUUUCCUGUGCUUUGCUCCCUACCACUUUAUGAGGGUGCCCUAUACAUUUAGCCAGAGUGGAAUCAUAACAGACUGCUCCCUCAAAAGAAUGUUAUUCCUAGCUAAAGAAAGUACCUUGUGGAUUGCUGCCACCAAUAUAUUCAUGGACCCUUUUAUCUAUAUAGUUCUCUGUAAGCCAUUUAGAAAACUCUUACCCGGGUUUAGCAGUUUAGGAAACUCAAGCCAGGAAACACCUAUAAAUGAGUCAACAAUGUAGACUAAAUCAUGUU